AUGGGCCGUCGGGAUGCAAGAUUGAUUAAUUCAUUUCUGCCAUUCUUUUCUGUCAUGCCUUGCAGGGGUGCCUUCGUAUCCUUCGAUAUUGCGACAUUUUCCCCUUCAAACGGCGAUAGAACCCUCAAGCAUAUCGCCAUCAACUUUGCAGCGGGAUUAGAAUGCAACCCCGUCAAAUACUUGUGUCUCUCGGAUUUCGCCGCCCAGCGCCGAGAUGCCAGACUACUGCACAGGAAAUCGACGCCCGGCGGAUACGAGCUUCUGGUCAAUCCGGCUGGUAUCACCAAGGCUAUCGAAAUGAAUGGCGGCCCUUUGUGCCAGCAAACGGCACGCCCCUCGACGAUGGGGUGCAAAUGGAAUGUUGAACAGUUGGACCCAGGGGCCAACCAAAACCCCCCAACUAGCCGUUCCCCUCCCCUCCACACGCUGCCGAUUGUCAGCAUUCAGUUUUCCGACCUCCGCCCGUCAUUGGCCCGCUCGUUGUUGAUCUGGCUCGGCUUCCUAGGCCGGGAUGACCGCCAGCGCGACGGACAUUGGUCCCCCCGCUAA